AGCACCAUGACGAUGUGUAUAGAUCGCCUCAGCUGUGUGCAGCAUGCGUGAUGGUGGGUGAUGCAAGCAAGGGGCCGGGGCAGCUCUUACGACUAGCUAGCAGCCGCAAGGAUGCAAAUGCAAGCAACAACAACGUCCAAAUAAACUACUACGCUAUCUACAUCUGUUCUCUACUCCCCUCUACCUACGUACACCAUCUCAAUUCGCAGGCAGAUGCAUCUCUCCCGUUUGUUUAGUCGUCUAGAUCGCGCCGGUCCUUGUCGAAGCGGCCGGCCGCCACCACCUCCAUUGCCGGCCUUGCGUGGGCAGCUAGCUAGCGACGACCAAAGCGAUGCGACGCACCGCGCCACGCCACGCGCUCCUUCCUCCACCUGCGUACGUAUAUAAAUAUAUUAGAGGCACCUCGCGCCCUCUGCGCCGGCCAGUUCACCGCCCAUCUCGAUCGGUAAAAUUGCACCGGCGAUCGACGUACGGUAGGUCGGUAGUAGCAGCAAAGAAACUAACCAUGAGGCAGGCGAGGCCGUACUCGGGGAUCUUCUGCGGCGGGGUGUCGGCGCGGACGGGCCCGCACGCGCUGCCGCUGGCGCGCAUCAAGAAGAUCAUGAAGCGCUCCGCGGGGGAGGCGGCGGCCGCCGCGGACGGCGGCGCCAGGAUGAUCUCCUGCGAGGCGCCCGUUGUGUUCUCCAAGGCGUGCGAGCUCUUCGUCGCCGAGCUCACGCGCCGCGCCUGGGCCGCCACGCUCGACGGCAAGCGCCGCACCGUGCACAGGGAGGACGUCGCCACGGCCGUGCACAACACCGACCUCUUCGACUUCCUCGUCGACGUCGUCACGGCGGACACUGCAGGUGGAACCGGCGGCGGCGGGCACGACGGCGACGGUGACGGCGCGCUCUAAGCUGCAUGGGGACGAUUUUUCAGCCGUUUGCUUGUGCCUAAUUAAGAAAACUACCUGCCCACACGAUGCUCUGGUGCAGUGACUUGUACCAACUUCUCUCAUGCAACCCCAUUCUCUGAUUCUCUGAAAAUGAUACGAACCCCAACCAAUAAGCACAGCGCCGACUGAAAACGUUGAGAAAUUCACGUGAUUUCAGUUUCAGCGGCCUUUGUGAAACGCAGGGUUUCACUAAAAUUA